AUGCUAAGUGUGGUUUUGGAACAGGUUGUCCUGUCUCCAAGAUCUUGCCCUCGAUUUAAAAAGGCGUACGACCGAUCACUGUCUAACUUUGAAAAGGAAUUCUCUGAGAACAUAACGGAUAUCAUGAAAUACGUGCAGCCCUACACUGGUCUGUCUGUCGACAACGAGACCAUGACGUCAUUGCGACACUCAGUAUUCAACCUGUGGGAAGCUCUGUACUGUGCGACAGCAGAAGGGUUUCCGAUCCCGGACUGGGCUCAAAAUAUCUUUCGACAACCUCUGGAGAACUUGAUAGUGAAACUAUAUCUGGCAAUCAUAUCCGGUUCCGAUGAACAAAUUAGGCUCUUUGAAGGGAUGCUAUUCCAAGAUCUGAUAAAGACGAUGGAAGCCAAACUGAACGGUACAUUGAAUCCGGACAGAAGAUUCAUCCUGCACUCCAGUCAUGACGGCUCCCUUAUGGCGCUCCAAACCAUCCUGGGAGUGCUGGAGUACGAAUCGGCUCACCUGAUUGUGGACACAGGGUCCGCUCUAAUUUUCGAACUCCACAAGGACCCUGUCACCAGUCUAGAGUAUGUCCAGGUGCUAUUUAUACAAGGACAUUCUGCAGACUUGAAUCCUAAAGACAUCAACAUACCGGGCUGUGGCUCUCCCUGCGAAUUCAACAAGAUGAAAAAGAUUACUGAGAAGUACUAUAAUAUUACAGACUUCAAGAGGGAGUGUUUACUUUAG